UCAUUUCCUUUUCCUGUCUUUCACGUUUGUGGACUCGUGGGUUUUGGUCGGUUCAUUGCAGUGCGUUGCAAAAAAGAAGUAACACGAGCAAAUAUGGGUUUCCAGAAUAUUUGGUAUUCACAUCCACGAAAAUACGGUCAAGGAUCUAGAUCCUGCCGCGCCUGUGCAAAUAGGCAUGGGCUUAUUCGCAAAUACGGUCUGAACAUCUGUCGACAAUGCUUCAGAGAAUAUGCAGCCGAUAUUGGUUUCAAGAAGCUGGAUUAAAUAUAACGUAGGAAUAGAUGGAGCAAUUCUUUGACAAAUCACGAUGAUUUUCACAGCAGCAUCUUUAAAAGUUAAUAGCUGAAAAAUAGAGAUUGUAACAUCUGGCACUCAAUAUUCUUGAAAUGAAUAUAUUUAUAUAAUCCAACA